UAAAUAAUCUUCUUUCAUAAUAGUUUUCUUACUUGAGCCACCGGAGAAUCCUUUGUCAUCUGCGGGCGUCGAAAGACAUCCGAUUCUCCUGAACGCCAUUGCCGUCGCCAGUCGGAAGGCGGAUUGAUCAUCGAUAAGAUGGCAGACAUGCAGCCGUUGCCCAUCAGACUGCUCCUGCCCACGGUGCUGCCCAUGCUGCGCCUGAUGCUGCAGUCGAUGUUCCGCGGGGACGGGAGCGCCUUCGAGCCGCCGCCGCAUGUGUACGAACAGUACGACUUCGUCAUUGGUAAGGACCUGGUACUUGCUUUGAGACGACGACCUCUGGUUCGGGCUAAGACGUUGGACAGACAGCAGGUGCGACGAAAGCUUCUGGAAAGGUACUCUCCUCGACGUUUGAUGUUUUGCAACGAAGCCAUUAAACAGAAUGAACAGAAUAAACAAAGUAAAGAGGUGAAUAGACGAGGGGGAGGGGAGAAGGUAUGCACACAUGCCUGGAUUAUCAUUUAUAGACAGACCAUCUCCACUCACCCGAUCGCUCAGCGUCAUAGGACCGACGGCGACCAAUGGACAGCCGCUCAACAAAGAGAUCCUAGAGCACUUCGACGUCUCUGACUUUCGCGCAGACAAGGUCUACAUGAGUAUAUAGACCUUAGCUUAAAGGACCUUCCCGCCAGAAGACCUCGCACACGCUUCGUUAAUCAGAUCAUUUUCCUUAUUUCCCUUGACCUCUUUCUAACAUCUUUCUUCGCUUACUUCUCUCCCGCCUUCCCUCCGCCACGCAGUCGGGGGAGGCACCGCAGGAUGUGUGAUGGCGGCGAGGCUUUCGGAGGUGCGGGAGUGGAAAGUCCUUCUUCUGGAGGCAGGCGGCGUCCCGACCUCCGAGACGCGCGUCCCCGGGCUCAGCCGACUCUUCUACUUCCCCAGCGCCGUCAACUGGAACUACGAGCUGGCGCCCCAGAGGCAUGGCCUCAGGAACUACGAUAACAGGAGCAGCCCCGUUCCCCAAGGGCGCGUCCUCGGCGGGUCCUCCUCCAUCAACGGCAUGCUGUACGUGAGGGGCAACAGGCGCGACUACGACAACUGGGCGGCCCUCGGGAACCCCGGCUGGGACUACGAGGCGGUCCUUCCCUACUUCAAAAAGUCGGAGGACUACCGCGGCCCGCACCGGGGGGAAACAGAGCACUACCACGGGCGCGGCGGCCCUUACACCGUGACCCCGAAGGAAGGGCCUCACCUGCCCAUCACCGGCGCCUUCCUCAGGGCCGGCCAGCACCUCGGCUUCGACGUCAUCGACCCCAGCGGCCCCGAGCAGAUCGGCUUUGCGCCCACGGAGUACGUCACGAGGAAUGGCGAGCGUUGGUCCACCGCCCGCGCCUACCUUCAGCCCGCCGCCCGCCGCCCCAACCUGCAUGUGGUGCACUCCGCCUUUGCCCUGAAGGUGCCUGCUGCCGGAUGUGGGGGGAGGGGGUUUGUGUGUGUGUGUGUGACAAAGAAAGGAAGACAUAGCGAGGAAGAUAUCUGGGCGGCCCUCGGGAACCCCGGCUGGGACUACGAGGCGGUCCUUCCCUACUUCAAAAAGUCGGAGGACUACCGCGGCCCGCACCGGGGGGAAACAGAGCACUACCACGGGCGCGGCGGCCCUUACACCGUGACCCCGAAGGAAGGGCCUCACCUGCCCAUCACCGGCGCCUUCCUCAGGGCCGGCCAGCACCUCGGCUUCGACGUCAUCGACCCCAGCGGCCCCGAGCAGAUCGGCUUUGCGCCCACGGAGUACGUCACGAGGAAUGGCGAGCGUUGGUCCACCGCCCGCGCCUACCUUCAGCCCGCCGCCCGCCGCCCCAACCUGCAUGUGGUGCACUCCGCCUUUGCCCUGAAGAUUAUAUUCGACAAGAAAAAUAGAGCGGUUGGGGUUGUCUACAAGCAUAACGAUCAGAUUAAAACUGUUUACGCUCGUCGGGAAGUGAUUCUCUCAACGGGCGCUUUAGUCUCGCCCAAACUGCUCAUGCUGUCAGGCGUCGGAGCCAGACAGCAGCUACGUCAACAUGGGAUCAAGGUGGUUGCCGACCUCCCCGGCGUCGGCCAGAACCUACAGGACCACAUGUGCCUCUACGGCCUAACCUGGAAUGUGGAUGUACGGACGCCCAACGUGGCUUUCGAUGCGGUCAACCCCGGGGUCAUCAGGCAGUACGCGAGCGAGAGGAAAGGACUGUACGCAACGCCCCUAGGGGAGUUUGGUCACGCGUGGUCCCGAGUGUCCGGCGAAGGGGACCCGUACUGGCCCGACGUUCAGCUGUUCAUGGUAUCGUCCGGCCUCGGCCAGGAGGGGCUCAUGGCCGCGCACGCUCUCGGGCUCAACUCUGGGAAGUUUAUGGAGUACUACAGCCCUCAAUUCGGGCGACCUGGGAUCACGAUGAUGCCCUACCUGAUGCGUCCCAAGAGCCGAGGCGCCGUCCUGCUGAAGUCGAGGAACCCCUUCGACGCCCCGAUCGUCGACCCGAACUACCUGAGCCACCCUGACGACAUCGACACCCUGGUCCACGCCAUUAAAUGGGCGCUGAAGGUCGGCCAAACCCCGCCUUUCGCCAAGGGUCUCGGGGCCAAGUUCUACUCCAGGCCUUUGCCGCAGUGCCAGGCGAUGCCCUAUGGCUCCGACGCCUACUGGAGAUGCUUCGUCCUCCACAUGGCUACGACCUUCUACCACUUCGGCGGCACGUGCAAGAUGGGACCCGAAUCUGACCCUUACAGCGUACUGGACGAGAAGCUACGAGUCCGAGGUGUGUACGGGCUGCGUGUGGUCGACGGCUCGAGCAUGCCCGUCGUGACGUCAGGGAACAUCAUGUCCGCGAUCGUCAUGAUGGCGGAGAAGACGUCGGAUCUCAUCAAGAGCGAAUGGGCACCGGCUGCCUAG